AUGAGACCCGUUAGUCGCUACGUCGCUCUUCUGUUCACCGCUCUUUCGGUAUCAAGAUCGAGUGCGUACUCAUCGGAUGCUUGCCAAUCGAUCCUGACUGGAUCGUAUCCAGGAGCAGUCUCUGCGUAUCCGAACCUCAAGGACCAGAUCGAGCUGGUAGCACAACAGCAAGUCGCUCAAUGGUACACUGAUCGCGUGUCUGACGUCUCUAGUCUCGCCAAGUCUGUGGUGCUUCCCAAGUGCGUCGAGAACGCCAGCACGCCCACCGUCAUCGUGUACGGCUUACCCCAAAAAGACUGCGCUCACGGCUACUCCACCGCUGGGUCUAACGCCAACACUAACGACUACCGCGCGUUCCUACAGCAACUUGCAGACUCUGCCGGUGACAGAGAGAUCGUCUACAUCCUGGAACCGGAUGCCAUCGGUCUUCUAGCCAAUAACGGGUGUGGUAACGACAAAGGAUACGCUGCAAACCUCGGAGUGGCGAUGGAUAUCCUCUCGCAGAAUACCAACGCUGAACUGUACCUGGAUGUGGGGUACUGGACGCUUGCUAACGAUGAACAAGCCGCUGCGGUUGCCAAGAUCGUGAACGCUGUCGAUCCGGACUCGAGAUGCAAGGGGAUAUCACUCAACACUUCGAACUACCGCUCCAAUGCCGAGAUGGUUGCUACAUGUGAGCGGUUCGUCAACGCCACUGGCAGGGACUACAAGUGCAUCGUUGAUACAAGUCGCAACUACGUGACGGGAUCUUCCGAAUGGUGUAAUUCGGAAUGGGCUGGGAUUGGCGAGUUCCCGACUAGUAACACGGGCUCAAGUGUUGUAAGUCGAUAUAUUUGGGCCAAGCCGCCGGGCGAAAGUGAUGGAGAGUGCUCUGGUCAGUCCAACGAAGCGCUUCGGGGACCAAGCGCCGGUACGUUCUUUCCGGAUCAUUUCGUAAAGCUCUGGGACAAUGGCGUGUUCGUCCAGAAGCUCAGAAUGUCACCAAUCAACGCAGCCAACACGACCAACAACUCCACCGUACCGACUCCAGCACCAACAACUGUACAGCCGAGUGCAGUCCCUACAGCGACCCCAUCAAUUGAUCAAGUCGUUCAGGAUAUCACGUCGUUGACUGUGUUUGACGUAGAUGGCGACGUUGUGGGCCAAGUGAAUGCCGGUGAUGAAUGGGAGGGCGGUGAGGAUAACCAGGUUACUACGACACCAGCAACCCCGAAACCAACGAUGUCGACACCGGUAUUAGUAGAGGUCGAACCUCCGCACACUAUGGUCGUGGUGGACGUGGUUCCGGACGACGAGCACGCUGAUUCGGACUCGGACUUCACCAGUGUCGAAGAAAUCACCGAGUCUACGAUCAAGCACAAGGCCUGCCAGUAA